AGGAUUGGAGGGAGAUGGGGACAAAGUUCAAAGAGAGCACAUGGGGAGUAAGGGGGAGGAAGAUAAAAACUAAAAAUAAACAUUUGAAAGCUUAACAGCAGGUGGAGGGCUUAAACCAGAUAGCUCAGAACGAGACAAGAAGAAAAUUGAAUGGGGGAAAAUGAAAUGUAUUUUCCUGAACUGAAGAAAGACAGAAAGGUAAUGACUCCAGAAGCCACAAUUCUUCGUCUUUUGUGUAAGCGCUUGACUGCAGUGUGUCUGUCUUAGUGUGUGAAUAUGUGUAUGUUUGUGACCUGUGGCCUGCGUAGUCUGUGUGUUGUGCUAGUGAGGUAAGGUUUAGGCAACAGUGUAAUGGAGGGAGAGGAGAGGAAAUGGGGCCCUGGGCGUCUGACUAAUCUCCAAAAUGAGCUUAUCUGGGCACUGCUGGGCUCUGGACUGUCCCGGGAGGUCCUGGUCCAAGCACUGGAAGAACUGGAGCAAGAGAGGGUCACCCCUGGAGCAGAGAAGGGGGACAGGGGAGAUGGAGAGAGUUCGGAGGAGGGAGAAAUGGAUUUUCCACCACCAAUAUUCCAGGAGCUGGAGGCACUACCCUCAGAGGAGGCAGCCAGACAGAGGGCUCUGGUCGACCAACUUCUGCAGAAGGAUCCAUGGCAUGUGGCAAAACUGGUGAAGAGCUACAUGCAGCAGCAUAACCUCCCCCAGAGAGAGGUGGUUGAGUCCACAGGCCUCAACCAGUCCCAUCUCUCCCAACACCUCAACAAAGGCACACCCAUGAAGAACCAGAAACGGGCUGCUCUAUACAGCUGGUAUGUCAGGAAGCAGGGCAAGAUUAGCCAGCAGUUUACCAAUGCCAGUCAUGGCCUUGGGACCGGAGAGGAGCAGGGAGAGGACAUAAGGAAAGGACGGAGGAACAGGUUCAAAUGGGGACCCGCCUCCCAGCAAAUCCUAUUCCACGCCUAUGAACGACAGAAGAACCCAAGUAAAGAGGAGCGAGAGGGAUUGGUGGAGGAGUGUAACAGGGUUGAGUGUCUCCAGAGGGGUGUGUCUCCGUCCCAGCUGGCUGGACUGGGCUCUAACCUAGUGACAGAGGUACGAGUGUACAACUGGUUUGCUAACCGCCGCAAGGAGGAGGCAUUCCGCCAUAAACUGGCUCUCGAUACGCCUUACACCAGCCAAUCAGCAAGCACCACCAACCACACUCUCUCACACAGCCCUGUGCAAGGCAUGAAGUACAGCCAGCAAAUCCCAUGUGACAGUCUGGGAUCAGCAAGGGGUCGCAGUGGAGACCGAGGCUUGGGAGGCCACCUGGCCAGCCCCAUCCAACUUGAGCCCAGCCACACACUCCUGGAAACACACUAUCACAAACUAGUAUCAGGAGGUGGUCCACUGCCCCCAGUAAGCACCCUGACCUCACUCCACAGUCUGUCUGCCUCGCCUUCUCCCCCCCAGGGACUCGUCAUGGCCUCCUUGCCCAGCGCCAUGAGUCUGGGAGAGUCCUCUCUCCUCAUUGGUCAAACAGUACCUGUCAUCAACAACAUGGGAGGCGGGUUCACCACCCUUCAGCCAAUCUCUUUCCAGCAGCAACUCACACAGCAGUUUCAGAAUCAUAUGGGCCACAGUUCUUUCAUGGCAACCAUGACAGGGCUUCCAUGUCACAUGUACAGCAAGUCCGAUAUGUCUCCCUACCCUCCGUCCAGCCUACUGUCCCAAGCCAUGGUUGUCACUGACAGCAGCAGCCUUGGAACACUGACCAGUCUAAGCGCAGUCAGACAGAUUCUGACAACAGACCCUGAGGAGGAGACAGAACCCAUCCAGGAUGACUCUCUACACCUGCAAUCCCCUUCACCUGUGCCAGUUUCCUCUGGGAACUUAGAGUUUUAUCCCCCUGAAACUCAUCCACCUCACCUCCGCUCAUCUUCGCCGGCAGACAUCAACUCCUACAUUCCUGAACAUAUGGUCUCUACUGCACAGUAGCAACAGAAUGUAACUACUAUGUAAUGUGAAGGGCUGGGGGUAGAGGAGGUGAAACUAAAUGUUUUACAGUAGGUAGAGAACUGGAAUAAAGACGCAACACAAAUUCACGAAAUUUGCAUAAAAACUAUCUCUGCAGUAACAUUUUCCAGAGAAGCCAUAUUUCCCAUUCUGCCAGAUGCAGGCAGUACCAGUGAAAAUGUGGACACACCUACUCAUUCAUGGGUUUUUCUUUAUUUUCUACAUUGUAGAAUAAUAGUGAAGAGAUCAAAACUAUGAAGCUUUGAUGCAGUAGGGACUGGUGCACUUC